UUUUCGCUGCCCCGCAAUAUUUAAUUAACUGCAGCGAUCAUUGCAGUUCCAGCCGUCAGUAAAGUAAAACAUUAAGAACAAAAUGCAGAAGGUUGCCCUGCUGCUGGUCGCCUUCCUGGCUGCGGCCGUGGCCCACCAGAAGCCCGGAUUGCUGCGUGUGCCGCUGCAGAGAUUCCAGUCGGCCCGCCGCCACUUCGCCGAUGUGGGCACCGAGCUGCAGCAAUUGCGCAUUAAGUACGGCGGUGGCGAUGUCCCGGAACCGCUGUCCAACUACAUGGACGCCCAGUACUACGGACCCAUUGCCAUCGGCUCGCCGCCGCAGAACUUCCGGGUGGUCUUCGACACCGGCUCCUCGAACCUGUGGGUGCCCUCCAAAAAGUGCCACCUGACCAACAUCGCCUGCCUGAUGCACAACAAGUACGAUGCCAGCAAGUCGAAGACCUACACCAAGAACGGCACUGAGUUCGCCAUCCACUACGGAUCGGGCAGCCUGUCCGGAUAUCUGUCCACCGACACCGUUUCCAUUGCCGGCCUGGACAUCCAGAAUCAGACAUUCGCCGAGGCGCUCAGUGAGCCCGGUCUGGUCUUCGUGGCCGCCAAGUUCGACGGCAUUUUGGGUCUGGGCUACAGCUCCAUCUCCGUGGACAACGUGAAGCCACCGUUCUACGGCUUGUACGAACAGGGUUUGAUCUCCGCUCCGGUGUUCUCCUUCUACCUGAACCGCGAUCCCGCCUCGCCCGAGGGUGGUGAGAUCAUCUUCGGCGGCUCCGAUCCCAAUCACUAUACCGGUGAAUUCACCUAUCUGCCUGUGACCCGCAAGGCCUACUGGCAGAUCAAGAUGGAUUCCGGCUCCAUUGGCGAUCUGGAGAUCUGCAAGGGCGGUUGCCAGGUGAUUGCCGACACCGGCACCUCGCUGAUUGCUGCUCCCAUGGAGGAGGCUACUUCCAUUAACCAGAAGAUCGGUGGCACUCCCAUUAUUGGCGGACAGUAUGUUGUUUCCUGCGAUCUGAUCCCCAGUCUCCCCGUGAUCAAGUUCGUGCUGGGCGGCAAGACCUUUGAGCUGGAGGGCAAGGACUAUAUUCUCCGCGUGGCCCAGAUGGGCAAGACCAUCUGCCUAUCCGGCUUCAUGGGCAUCGACAUCCCCCCGCCAAAUGGUCCCCUGUGGAUCCUGGGCGACGUUUUCAUCGGCAAAUACUACACAGAGUUUGACAUGGGCAACGAUCGUGUGGGCUUUGCCAAUGCCAAAUAAUCGAACAAAGAAAAAUAUACUUAAAAAUGUAAACUGUAAACAUUAUCGAUCCCAUUGUGGAUCGUUUCUCCGAAGACCCUACGGAAUAUAUAUGUAUUAGCUAUA